UGAUUUACCGUACUCAAAAGUAUAGUUCCUACAUUAAUUUUCUUUUUGCCUUAGUCCCUUUAUUAAUCAGGGGUCGCCACAGCGAAAUGAACCACCAAAUUAUCCAGCACAGGUUUUAAUGCAGCGGAUGUUCUUUCAGCUGCAACCCAGUACUGGGAAACACCCAUAUACUCUUGCAUUCACACACACACUCAUACACUAUGGCCAGUUUAGCUUAUUCCACUAUAGUGCAUGUGUUUGGACUUUAGGGGGAAACCGGAGCACCUGGAAAAAGCCAUGCCAACACGGGGAGAACAUGCAAACUCCUUGCAGAAAUGCCAACUGACCCAGCCGGGAUUCGAACCAGCGACCUUCUUGCUGUGGUGUGAUUGUGCUACCCACUGCGCCACCAUGCACUCACUGCUUCUCGAAGAGCAGCUGAUCACAGAGAGUUGGAACAUUAUUUUGACCCCAGUUUCUUUGCAAAUCCUGUCUCGUGAACAUGUUUACAUUUGUACAGUUUGUACAGUUUUUGGACCACUUGAGAUUUGCUUUAUGUAUGGUGCUCUAAAUAUGCCAUGUUUACUGUGUUUUUUAAUUACAUGCUUAACAGUUGUCUGUUUGCACAAAGAACAAGAAGAACAUUGCUUAUCAAGGGCUGACCUCUCUGAGGAACAAACAUUAGGUCUGAUGGAGAAGAUGAUUGAGAGGGAUGGUGCAGCAUCUCCAGAACCAAGCCGUGUGUUGUUGAAGAGUGAAAUAUCCAUGAAUUCCCAUCACCAUCUCAGUAAUGUGAAUGUGACCUUUGACCACAGUGAGAGGGAUAAUCUGCCUAAGAAUCAGUCCCCCAGAACUUCAGAAGACUUUGACUGUCCUCCGUGCAGAAAGAGAUGCAGAACAAGUCCUGUUCCACAAUCACAAAGGCUCAUGAGAGGGUUCGGAGACCUGGAGAAACCUGGUAAUGAAGAAAUGGAGAGAGUCAAAGACCAGCACAAAACCAGCAUGAAGAACAAGUAUGAGCUGUUACUUGAGGGAAUUAAAGUAAAAGAGAAUCGAACCCUCCUGAACCGGAUUUACACCCAGCUGUACAUCAUAGAGGGAGAAAGUGAAGGAGUGAAUGAAGAACAUGAGGUUUUACAGAUGGAGAAAACAGCCAGAACAAAACACUCACAACACACUCCAAUCUACUGCAAUGACAUCUUUAAAGAGGAGAAAGAGCAAAUCAAGACUGUUCUUACUAAAGGCAUUGCUGGAAUCGGAAAAACCGUCUCUGUGCAGAAGUUCAUUCUGGACUGGGCCGAGGGAAAAGCCAAUCAGGAUGUAGAUUUCAUGUUUGUGCUUCCAUUUCGAGAGCUGAACUUGAUCAGAGAUCAUCAGUACAGUCUUCACAGACUUCUGCUGGACUUUCAUCCUGAACUUGAAGAUCUGGAGCCCAAGAUUUAUGAGGAGUGUAAAGUUGUGUUCAUCUUUGAUGGUCUGGAUGAAAGCAGAAUCACACUGAUGUUUUCAGACGCUCAGAAAGUUUGUGAUGUGACUGAGACUUCAUCAGUGGCUGUGUUGAUGUCAAAGCUGAUGAAAGGAGAGCUGCUUCCCUCUGCUCUCAUCUGGAUCACCUCCAGACCAGCAGCAGCCAAUCAGAUCCCCUCCAAAUACAUCAAGCGUCUGACAGAAAUUCAGGGAUUCACUGAGCCUCAGAAGGAGGAAUAUUUCAGGAAGAGAAUCAGUGAGCAGCAUCAAGCCAGCAGAAUCAUCUCACACAUCAGAAGAGCAAGAAGCCUCCACAUCAUGUGCCACAUACCCGUCUUCUGCUGGAUCUCAUCCACUGUGCUUCAGAAGCUCCUGGAAGAAGAUCUGAGUGCAGAAAUCCCUCAAACUCUGACUGAAAUGUACAUCCACUUCCUGCUGAUUCAGAUCAACAUGAGGAAUCAGAAGUAUGAAGAGAGAGAUCCAGAGAAACUCCUGCAGUCCAACAGAGAAGUGAUUGUCAAACUUGCUGAAGUGGCUUUCAAACAGCUGAUGAAGGGCAAUGUGAUGUUCUAUGAGGAGGACCUGAUUGAGAGCGGCAUAGACGUCUCUGACGCCUCAGUGUAUUCUGGGAUUUACUCUGGGAUCUUUAAGGAGGAAUCUGUGAUUCAGCAGAGGAAAGUCUACAGCUUCAUCCAUCUGAGUGUUCAGGAGUUUCUCGCUGCUUUCUAUGUGUUUUACUGCUAUUUAAACAGUGCCAUGGAUGCCUUCAAGCUUUAUUUUUCAGUACAUCAUCUGCAUAAAGGUGCAGUAGAUAAAGCCACUGAGGGUAAGAGUGGUCAUCUGGAUUUGUUCCUGCGGUUCCUGCUGGGCGUCUCACUGGAGUCCAAUCAGAGACUCUUACAGGAUCUACUGACACACACAGAGAAGAGCUCAGAGAGCAUCAGGAGAAGCACACAGUACAUUAAAGAGAAGAUCAGAGAUGGACAUGGACUCUCCACUGAAAGAUCCAUCAAUCUGUUCCUCUGUCUGCUGGAAGUGAAAGAUCAGACUCUGUCCAGAGAGAUUCAGGAGUUUGUGAAAUCAGACAAACAGUCAGAGAAGAAACUCUCUCCUGCUCACUGCUCAACAAUCGCCUACAUGCUUCAGAUGUCAGAGGAGGUGCUGGAUGAGCUGGAGCUCCAGAAAUACAACACAUCAGAUGAGGGCAGAAGAAGACUGAUACCAGCCGUCAGCAACUGCACAAGAGCUCUUCUUGCUGGCUGUAAUCUCUCUGCUCAGGAUUGUGAAAUUGUGUCGUCAGUUCUUCAAUCCUCAAACUGUGUCCUGAGAGAGCUGGACCUGAGUAACAAUGACCUGCAGGAUUCAGGAGUGAAGCUGCUCUCUGAUGGACUGAAGAGUCCAAACUGUCAACUGGAGAUACUGAGGUUGUCUGGCUGUAUGGUGACAGAGGAAGGCUGUGGUUUUGUGUCUUCAGCUCUGAGUUCAAACCCCUCACACCUGAGAGAGCUGGAUCUGAGCUACAAUCACCCAGGACAAUCAGGAGUCCAGCUGCUCAAACACAUACUAGAUGAUCCACACUACACACUGCAGAAACUCAAUUUGGAUCAUGGGGGAGAUUUAAGGAUCACAACUGGACCACAAAAACAUGCAUUUGAUCUCACACUGAAUCCAAGCACAGCACACACUCGUCUAAUUCUGUCUGAUGGAAACAAAACAGUAACAUAUGUGAAAGAUCCUCAGCCGCAUCCUGAUCAUCCAGACAGAUUCGAGCACUAUGAGCAGGUUCUGUGUAAAGAGACUCUGACUGGACGCUGUUACUGGGAGGUGAACUGGAGCGGCUCUGGUCAUAUUGCAGUGGCUUAUAAAGACAUCAACAGGAAAGGAGGGGUUGACUGUCGCUUUGGAGUCACAGAAAGGUCAUGGAGUCUGAACUAUAGUGAUAAAACUUACUCUGUCUGGCAUAAAAAUAAGAGCACUGAUAUAUCAGUUCCUUCAUCAAAUAGAGUAGGAGUGUAUGUGGACGUGCCGUCCGGCUCUCUGUCCUUCUACAGUAUCUCUGACACAAACACGCUCACACACUUACACACAUACAACACCACAUUUACUGAAGACCUCUAUGCUGGAUUCAGAAUUUAUGAACUCUCUGUUUCUUUGUCAGGUUUAAAGGUGCCAUAGAACAGUGUUUCCCAACCCUGUUCCUGGAGGCACACCAACAGUACAUAUUUUGGAUGUCUCCGUUAUCUGACCCAUUAACUUCAGGUGUUGGAGUCUCUUCUGAUGUUAUGAUAAGUUGAUUCAGGUGUGUUUGAUUAGGGAGAGGUGGAAAAUGUGUACUGUUGGUGUGCCUUCAGGAACAGGGUUGGGAAACACUGCCAUAGAAUGAACAUCUGGAUAGGCAUCGCUCAAUAAAAAUAGUUCAGUACAUGGAAAUGGCAUAUUAAACCAAAAUGAAAGCCCAAAACCUUAUUCUUCCAUACAGAAGUGGUUCUAAUUCAGUCGCUUUUGGGAGAAAUUACUAGGAAUAAUAAAUGGCAGAAAACAGUCAAACUAUUUACCCUUUAAAGUAUAAAUAGAAAAUAAAUAAAUACAAAAUAUCAGUUUUGGUAUAAAAUUACAGAAAAAAAAGUACAAAACUCACAAUAGCAAGCAGCAUAAUGAGCUGUUUUUACAGCUAAAAGUCUAUGGAAGUGAAUGAGACCUGAAGUAUCGAGCCAAUAAGGUUCCAAUGGCACUUACAUGAAUAAUAAGGCCAAUAGGCUAAAGCCAGCCACACCAUGUACUUACAACGAGGACAGAUGACAAAAUCUGCUCUCCACCAGCCAUCUGUUUACAGCUUGUCAAGUUGCAAAAUGCAGGAUAUACGGAUUAUACAUUUAUUCAGCACUAACCUGAAGAGACAUAAGGUCUGUUGGUCAUUUGUCAAAUCUGUCCUGUAUGUUUGUAACAAGGCAACAGACACAUGUAGACUGCUGAGUUGUAAAAUAAAUUUAAAUGUAAAUUUAAAAUGUAAAUAAAUAAUGCAUAGUAAACGCAUUUUGUCAUUUUAUUUAUUGCAAACAGUGUGCAUACAAUUUAAAGGAAAUAAGAACAAACUAUUUACAGAAAACCAAAU